AUGGCCUCAUUCAAGGAAUUGUCCCUCUCGCGCCCCCUCCCCGGUCCUCAACAACGCCACCACGCGCACUCGAUCUCGCUCGGUGCUGUGAAUGCCAAUCACCGCGUGACGCGACGCAAGAGCGUCACCACCGCCGCCGUCAAUGCCGCGGCCGCGGUCGCGGCCUCAAUGCAGGAAGGCGGAGAGUCCGCGUCGCUCCCCAUGGCCGCGCACCGCCGCAGCCUUGGGGGCCGCAAGGGACUGGAAUCCACCUCGGUCGGAGGCUCGUCUGGAUUCAGUUCGUAUCUGUCCCGGAGCAUGAACAGCCCCAGCCAGGAACUUCCCGUCGCUCGCAAGGCCUCUCCCAGCAACUCCGAGGCGGACGGCAAGCCUGUCCCUAAGGGCCGAAACCGUCGAGCCAGCGAAGGCGCCCAGACCAAGACCGAUGGGAAGCGCAACCCGGCCGAACUCCGCUGCGACCGUUGCGGGAAAGGGUAUAAGCAUGGCAGCUGCUUGUCCAAGCAUAUGUGGGAACACGACCCGGCAUGGGCAAUUACCUCGAAACUACUCAUCUCGAAGCACCAGCAAGUGCAACUGCUGGAGGCCGCGACAGUCCUGGUCAACAUGACCGAUGUGCCAGAGGAGUCCGCGGAGGCCGAGGCCGAAUCUGACAUGUCCUCUGUGUCGCCGGACGGCUCCUCAGAGGUCCGGGAUGGUCGCAGCUCCGCCGAAACCACACCGCCGCCCGUGGAUGAGCAGGAGGACGAUGACUUUGAGAUGUCCGGCAUGCCCGCCAACUGGACCAAGCGCCCCAGCGUCGGCAACACCUCCGCAGCCUUCUCCCGCUCCUACCAGUCGAUCCCUUCCAGCUCCUACACCGGCAGUGCUCCGCUGCACUCCCCUGCUUUCUCGCACUUCCGAAAGUCGAGCGUCGAUACCCGUCCUUCCACGGCGGACACACGGCUGAACGAGGAAGACGAGGCUGACUUGGCGGCCGCCAUCGGUCUCUGCAACUUCGGCACUCCCCGCACAGGGCCUGUCUCCAUGACUGCCGAUGUGCCGCCAGUGCCCCCACUGCCCGCCCGCUAUCUUGAUUCUGGAAGCCACCCGAGCCCCGUCCCGGGCCUGGGCCAGUCGGGCCCGACCAGCGAGGCUUUCCGCCGCGACUCCAAUGCCGAUUUGUUCCUCUCGGCAUCGCUCAACCCAUCUCUAUCCUACAAGGUGUCCGAUGAGCGCGGAGUACGAACUGGCGACGCCAAGACCCGCGAAUCGCGGCACCGUCGUAACGCUGACGUCGACUUUGGAAGCCGCCCUACUCCUGACGACGACGAUGAUGGCGUUUUUGGGCGGAUGGAAGAGUAA